UAGCGGCUGCAUGUUUUCUGCGAGACUACUUCCACUUCCGUUAAGAGACUAAACAUGAGCGAUAGAUACGAUCGUGCUAUUACAGUUUUUUCGCCCGAUGGGCACCUUUUUCAAGUAGAAUAUGCACAGGAAGCUGUCAAGAAGGGAUCAACGGCGGUGGGUGUACGUGGAAACAACAUUGUUGUCCUGGGUGUCGAGAAAAAGGCUGUUGCAAAACUUCAGGAGGAGCGAACAGUUCGUAAAAUAGCACUUUUGGAUGACCAUGUGGCCCUAGCUUUUGCAGGUCUCACAGCCGAUGCUCGUAUAUUGAUCAACCGAGCACGAGUAGAAUGCCAGAGUCAUCGACUGACUGUGGAAGAUCCAGUCACUGUGGAAUACAUCACACGAUAUAUUGCACAACUUAAACAGAAAUACACACAGAGCAAUGGAAGACGACCUUUUGGGUUGUCUGCACUCAUUAUAGGCUUUGAUUAUGAUGGCACACCUCAUCUGUAUCAGACAGAUCCAUCGGGAACAUACCAUGAGUGGAAAGCCAAUACUAUUGGACGAAGUGCAAAGACUGUGCGUGAGUUUCUUGAGAAACAUUACACAGAUGAAGUUGCAGCUGAUGACAAAGAAACGAUCAAGCUGGCUUUAAAGGCUCUCAUGGAAGUAGUUCAGUCAGGUGGAAAAAACAUGGAAGUGGCCAUCAUGAAACGGGGAAAACCACUUCAGAUGCUGGAGUCAGAUGAAAUAGAAAAGUAUAUCACUGAAAUAGAAAAGGAGCGAGAAGAAGAAGCAGAGAAGAAAAAACAAAAGAAAUAGAGAUAGCUCCUUUGGGUUUGUCAUGUAUCUGAUCUUUGUGUUGGUCGUAGGCUUCACGUGAGUCAGAUGGAGCAAAUGUGUUUCACAUAAAGACAGUAAUGGUUAUUUACAUUGUGCACAUGCAAAUCAUUUUGAAAUUCUGUUUUUGUAAUAAAUGAAUAAACAUUUUUCUGUUUCAAGCUGUU